AUGGGUGACCCCAGUUACGGGGUCCAUAGAGACUUGCUUCCACAUGUGCAUCUCAUUUCGACAUAUAGAUACACCCUCAAAGCCCGAGUUGAACCCUCCGAAGUGACCGGUUGGUUGAUGCAAGCUCCUAAGAUCGCCCGCGACACUGCACCAUUCUUCUGGACCUAUCUCGAUCGUCCCGAGAAUGGAAAUGUCUUCUUGACGUGGCAGCCGUUACAACAGAUGGGUGUAAACUUUGCCAGCGAUGGUUUCAUCUGGCCUCCCCAGGAACAAUACUUGCAGCAGGAUGUGGGAAACGGUGUGAUCCUCGAGAUGUAUUAUCACAAAGCCGGAUUUGCUUACGGAGAGCCAUACGCGUCACAUUCGAGACGUCGCUUCCGCCUCAUUCCUCCUAAUAUUCACAACCCGAAUGCUCCCCAGGUUGAUCCUAGCUUAUGGAUAGUUCACUACGGUCCCGUCGAUAACAACGAGCGUAUUCCCCACCAGAUGAUCCCGCGCGAUCCCCGGGUUCAGUCUAUCCUAGAGACUCGCGCUUACCUACAGCGAUGUGGUCAGAUUCAACGAAAGGAGUUCAUUCUCAGCGACCGAGUGAACUGGCCUCAGAUCGCUUGGCCAAGAGAACCGUCGAGGCAGCCCAUGUUCGCAGGCCCCCGCGGGGUUCCACAGGCGAUGGCAUAUCCCGCUCACCCCCCUACGGCUGGUGCACCGCCAUCAAAACGAGCGCGGACUGGCCAAGCUGCACAAGGCCAAGUAGCUUCCGCCAUACCUGCUAUUUCCCAGCAAGAAGGCGUGUAUGACGACGAAGAGGAUACCUCUCGUGGCGACAUGUUUGACCAUCUUACGCCACGGGAAGUUAGUUUAGCUCGUUAUCGGCAGAAUCACGAGUGGAUGGAAGAGAUACUGUCAUCACCAUACAGAAUGGGCCAGAUUGGGUUUUCAGAUCUUGGGCUAGGUCUCAAAGGAGAGCUUUCGGAUUUAACUGAUGGUAUUUUUGAAGCUCAUAGUUUUAAUGCAACCACCCAGACCCUUUCUAAACCUACCGCAACUCAGUUUGAUCCGGAGAAGGCUGCUGAGUUUCGCAAGCGAGUUAAUGAUCGGCUUCGUUCUUUGCAGGCAGAGAUUGAGAAGAUGAAAGCAGACCACGCCAAAAAGGUGGCCAAGUUUAAGCACAACUCCCUCCUUACUGUUUCCGAAAGGGAGUUGCGAUCAGCCCUAGAUGAGCCAGGUUCUGAUGUACUACAACUUGAGAGGAAAGUCGAAGAAAACGAAGACGACACAAAUCGCUGGCCCUCUAAGCAUAAUAAGAAGGUUGAUGAGAUCGUAUCUCAGGUUGAAGCGCACCUAGGACGUCGAGCAGAGGUCAUAUAUGAACUGAGGAGAAUACAAGACGGUGGUUAUCAAGAGCCAGCUCCGGAACCGACGCCCCAGAUAACCUCGGGGCCGGGCCCUGUUCUUGGAGAGCCUCAGAACAGCGGGGCAAAUGGCAGCGGUGCAAUGUCUCGCCAACCAUCACACGCAGGGUCUCAACAUAGUGGAUUCACUAUGGGAGAUCAGGAUAUCGAUAUGGGUGGUGGAACUGCUGCCGGCCUCCUUGACCAAAUACAUACUGGAACAGGAGUCUCGUCUACCUCCACGCCAAUGAAUAACUUCCCGACUCCCCAAGCUCAGGCCUCGGGCGUCCAUUCCCACGUUACUACACCAGCAAAUCUGAAUGCCCCUUCGCCUCUACAGCCCACCCAGACGGACGUCACGGGGGAUGUAAACAUGAGCGGCGUCGUCGAUCCGCCAACCGGAACCGCUCCUGACCAAGGCACAGGGAGUGGUGACUGGGUGGUAGUCCCCAAAGCCGGUGCUGUUCCAGACGGCACCGCGGGUGCAGCACCUGUCAACAAUCCACCGAGAACCGCAGGCGUUCUGAGUAAACAAGCAUCAGCAACAGGAACCCCUUCAGCAGGGUUCGAGGGUGAUCAGAACGACUUCAGCUCAUUAGAUGAUUUGAACACGGCAGGAGAUGCACUAGCAGGCUUUAGCGAGACGCCUGGGGACCUCGGUGAGGGUUUAGAUAUGGAAAUGGAAGAUUCAGCGUUUGGUGACGCUUUCCAUGGCGUGGAUACGCAGCAAGGGGGAGGCACGCCGGCUGAAGUUGCUCUCCCCGGGCUAGGAGAGUCAACAACUGCCAGCGAGAUUGCCACGAGUAGUGCGACUAUUGAGUCCUUAGCAGCCGGAACUACUUCUAGUGCUAUCCUUAGGACAACGACGGAUGCCAGGACAGAGAUAUCCUCAAGUACAGCGGUACUUAAGACGUCGAAGGUCAUCGUGGCUUCAUCUUCGUCAAGCUCCGCAGUGUCAGUCGGAAGCAUUCAGAGCUUUCAAGCUAUACCUAUCGCAACUGCUACUUCUUCCGCGGCUAUCAACGUCGGGGUCGUAGCAGACUCGAGCACUUUAGCGGUAGCUUCCAGCUCUGCUUCUAUCCAAAGCUUUCGCAUCAUUAGUGCCGAUACGGCGGCGGCAGUUACAUCACCGGUUUUCGCGAAUGUCUCUACUUCAGCCCUUGUGUCUACUUCGGUCCUUGUAUCUACUUCAGCCCUCGUGGUCAAUAUUCCCGGAGCCGUUGCCACUUCGAGGUUCGGGGAUUUCUCUAACACCACUGCCACCACGGCUGCUACUGGAGCAGUAGCUACGAAUAUAGACGUUCCUCCUGGAUCUGUCCCAACUGAGCUCGUCGCACUGCCUACCGGUGGUGUAGUAACAUCUGGAAGUCUCCAGUCUCUGUUAGGAUCUGAAGGCACCGAAACCGCCGGGGUCCAGCAGUCGCUUUCCGGCGCCUUGGGCAGUUCGAGCGGUCGCAGUUCCGGUGCUACUACUACCGAAGCACGUCCCGCCGAAGCGACGAGCGGGUUGCGAGAGCUCCCUAGUGUGCAAACCACGCUGGGCUCACUGGUGCCAAUAUCCUCUGGGGUUGCGAGCUCCACGGCGGCGGCAGCAGCUAGUGGUGUAUCAGCGAAUAACACUUUGCCAUCGUUCAGUCUAAGCGCCGCGGCGGUGCUGAAGGCAGAUGCGAUAACGGCGAUGUUCGUUGUGGGAGUUACGGAGAUUUUGGCUGUGUUUUUUAUGUAA